CGUCCGCAGUCCUCCGGCCGGGAAGCCAGGAGAUGCAUGACGAAGGAGGCGCGUGACGGAGGAGCGGUUGGCCAACGCUGCGGCCGCAGUCGGUGUAAACAAGGCCUUGCGACCCUGCGGGUCCUGCGACCGCUCCUGGCUGGUGGGUGGUCUUGCGCGCGGCUGUAACCGCCGGCUUCAGUGGGAGGGGCUUUUCAGCUUCUCCUUGCCUCCCCCACUUGGCGUACACACCCCCGGCACACCACGUGGGCGUGAGGCGAGAAAGGAGGGGGUGUUAGGCGGAAUUCUAACCUCAUUGGCUGUCGGUGCUGCCGGCUUUUGCAAAGAAGCGCUCUGAUUGGUCGGUAAGGGGGGCGUCGGGGGUCUCCGAGCCCUAAGGCUUCUGAUUGGAUACAUGAUAUAAGCUAAUGAGGCGCUUUCUUCCGCGAGGGGUUUUGAUUGGUCGGCCAGAGAGGUUACCUGGGAAUUCACCCACCCACUCCCCUCAGGGACUUUGAUAGGAUUGGGGAAGGUUUGUGGUCCUGAAGCCUUGGGAGUUGUCACAGGCUAAAGAGAAGGGAUCUCAGUCCUUAGGAAGGGUCGCACUCCUAGAGAUAGCUACCGCUCUAUCUCAGGAGACCCUGGUGUUUCUAGAGCAGGCUCUGCUUUCACCAAACCCAAGGAGGUGACAGGAGGAGUCUCUGCACAGGACCUAAUGAUGCUGUGAUCAGAAGAUGGGAUCACGGAACAGCAGCAGUGCAGGAACUGGGUCCGGAGACCCCUCCGAGGGCUUGCCCCGAAGAGGGGCUAGCCUGCGUCGGAGUGAGGAAGAGGAAGAGGAGGAUGAAGAUGUGGAUCUGGCCCAGGUACUGGCCUAUCUCCUCCGCAGAGGCCAAGUGAGGUUGGUGCAGGGAGGAGGUGCGGCAAAUUUACAACUCAUCCAGGCCCUUUCAGAUUCAGAGGAAGAGCAUGACAGUGCUUGGGAUGGCCGUCUCGGAGAUCGAUACAACCCACCCGUGGAUGCAACUCCUGACACCCGGGAGCUGGAAUGCAAUGAGAUCAAGACGCAAGUGGAAUUGGCCACAGGGCGGCUGGGACUUAGGCGGGCCGCCCGGGAGUACAGCUUUCCUCAAAUGCUACACCAGAGAGAACGGGGCCUCUGCCACCGGGGAAGCUUCUCCCUUGGAGAACGGUCUCGAAUGAUGUCUCACUUCUUGCCCAACGAUCUGGGUUUCACUGAUACCUUCUCUCAGAAAGCUUUCUGCGGCAUCUACAGCAAAGAUGGUCAGAUCUUCAUGUCUGCUUGCCAAGACCAGACGAUCCGACUGUAUGACUGCCGGUAUGGCCGCUUCCAUAAAUUCAAGAGCAUCAAGGCCAGGGACGUAGGCUGGAGUGUCCUGGACGUGGCCUUCACCCCUGAUGGGAACCACUUCCUAUAUUCCAGCUGGUCUGAUUACAUUCAUAUCUGCAACAUCUACGGGGAGGGAGACACACACACUGCCCUGGAUCUAAGGCCAGAUGAGCGUCGCUUUGCUGUCUUUUCCAUCGCCGUCUCCUCAGAUGGCCGGGAAGUGUUAGGAGGGGCCAAUGAUGGCUGCCUGUAUGUCUUUGAUCGAGAACAGAACCGGCGCACCCUUCAGAUUGAGUCCCACGAGGAUGACGUGAAUGCAGUGGCCUUUGCUGACAUAAGCUCCCAAAUCCUGUUCUCUGGGGGCGAUGAUGCCAUCUGCAAAGUGUGGGAUCGACGCACCAUGCGGGAGGAUGACCCCAAGCCUGUGGGUGCACUGGCUGGACAUCAGGACGGCAUCACCUUCAUUGACAGCAAGGGUGACGCCCGGUAUCUCAUCUCCAAUUCCAAAGACCAGACCAUCAAGCUUUGGGAUAUCCGACGCUUUUCUAGUCGGGAAGGUAUGGAAGCCUCACGGCAGGCUGCCACACAGCAAAACUGGGACUACCGCUGGCAGCAGGUACCCAAAAAAGCCUGGCGGAAACUGAAGCUCCCAGGAGACAGCUCCCUGAUGACCUACCGGGGCCAUGGGGUGCUGCACACCCUUAUCCGCUGCCGAUUCUCCCCGACCCAUAGCACCGGCCAGCAGUUCAUCUACAGCGGCUGCUCUACUGGCAAAGUGGUUGUGUAUGACCUCCUCAGCGGCCACAUCGUGAAGAAGCUGACCAACCACAAGGCCUGUGUGCGUGACGUCAGCUGGCACCCCUUCGAGGAAAAGAUUGUCAGCAGUUCGUGGGACGGGAACCUGCGUCUCUGGCAGUACCGCCAGGCCGAGUACUUCCAAGACGACAUGCCAGAGUCGGAAGAGCCCCCCAGUGCCCCUGCCCCAGUGCCCCGCCCCUCUGCAGCCUUUUCCUCGCCCCAGUAGACCUGAUCUCCAGCCCUCUACACGGGUGAGCCUCUUACAUGUGCUCUGCCGCCUCCCUUCUGGGAGGCCUGUGGGAAAUCCUUGGCAUUGGAUGGGGGAGAAGCCCAUACCCGGGCUUUGGGGCCCUAGCUGAGCCCUGGAAGUUCCCCUCCAAGGGGCAGAGUGGUCUCCUCACUUUCUCACACCCAGUGGCUUGGAUGUCUGUCUCUGGCCAGGGUUAGGCAGGACUGCCAUUAUCUGGGGUGUGGCCUUUGUCAGGAAGAGAACUGUUGGAGCGUUUCUAAUCAUGUUUGGAUAUUAAGUGUUAGCUCCUAGAGUAGAUGCCUGGGGCCAGGUCUGAACCGAGCUAUCAGCCAGGCCCAUUGCCCUGGCCUUCAUGUUGAGGAUUAGACUGGCCAAUUUGAGGGCCAGGCAUCCUGGCCAUUCUUCCAGAGGUCCUGAAGGCUAGAGCUCUAGCCGCUUAGGGGAGGGUGGGGUGAGUAAGGCGUGUCCUCAGCACCCUCUUGGGAUGGGAAUUACAUUUCUCUCUGUGUCUGGGUCUUUGGGGUGGGACAGGUUGUGGUGUGAGAGGCUCCAUGUGGCCCCACACAGGGCAGGCCCUCCUUCCCAGACUUCUGUCAUGCUGGAGGCCAGCAGCUUCAAGGAGGGAUGUUGAAGUAGGACUCCUUGGUCCUCUCACUGGCUUUGGCUCCCUCAAUAAAUUCUCUGUGGGAACCUGG